AUGUUUUUAAACAGCUCUAAAUGGUAUAAUAUAUUAAUUAUUAGUUUAAAAAUAUUUUUUACAUUUUCCUGUAAUUCACCAAUAACAAAUGAUGAUUGUAAUAUAGGUACACUAGAUUGUUGUAAUGAAAAUUUAAUAAACUUUUUAAAUGUCAACAAUACUAUUUGUAAUAGUAAUAGUACUUUACACAAUAUCAAUUGUUAUAUACAAGUUAUUGAGGAUAUGUAUAAAAAUGGUAAAGAAAAAGAUCUAUUAAAGAUAUGCAAUGCUUAUACAAAUUACAAAAAUUGUUUAGGAAAUUCUUUUCCAAAAUGUUUAUCUAAAAAUUACUUAAAUAAUUUUUUAAAUAAUCAAAAAAUUGUUUUUAAUAUAUCAAAUUUUAUUAGAAAAUUAACAUUUGUCUGUGGUUCUGGAUUAGAAAGUUUUUUAAUAAAUGAUGAAUGUAUAUCAAAUGUAUUUGAAAAACAAAAAAAUAGUUUAGAAAAAUGUUGGAUUGAUUUUGAAGAGUCAUUUGAACAAUUAACAGUAUGUGCCAAUUUAAAUGUAUAUAUUCAAUGUUAUACAAAUAUAUUUUUUAAUUCUUGUAAUUCUGAAUCAGCUUGGUGGAGUUGUGAAUAUGGAAAAGCUAGUCUUUUUUCAAAUUAUCCACAAUGUUCAACACAAUGUACUUUUAGUUAA